AUGUCAGCAUCAACAGCAACUGAGGCAGCACCUGUCAAGACCGUCCAGCUCGAGGGCAAGGUCAUUGUCAUCACUGGUGCCAACCGAGGAAUCGGAUUGGGCAUUGCUGAUUGCUGUCUUUCCAACGGUGCCCAGCGUGUCUACUCCGUCGACAUUGGCGAGACUGGAGAGGAGUUCGCUGAAGUUUCCGCCAGGUAUCCCGGCAAGAUCUUCUCCCUCCAGGCAGAUGUCACCAAGGAGGCGUCGAUACAAGCAGCCGUCGACAAGAUCAUCGAGGAUGCUGGUGCCAUUCACGGUAUGGUCUGCAAUGCCGGACGCACCAAGCACAAGCCCGCCCUCGACUUCACCACUGAGGAGAUUGACCAACUUUGGGGCGUGAACCUCUACGGAUCUUUCUACUCUGCCCGUGUUGCAGCACGAGCUUUCAUCAAGCUCGGUGUCAAGGGCUCCAUCGUCUUCACAGCCUCUAUGGCUUCUUACAGGCCCAACAAGCGUGUCCCCUCUGCACCCUACGGCGCAUCCAAGGCUGGUGUCCGCAACAUGGUUCACACUCUCGCCAUGGAGUGGGCACAGUACAACAUUCGCGUCAACUCCGUGUCCCCAGGUCUCGUCAAGACCGCCAUGACCUACUGGGUGCCUCAGCAGCCCGACUGGGAGCAGCAGCUCAAGUACUACGGCGGUAUCCCCCGCCUGGCCGAGGUCGAGGAGUUGGGUGGUGCUUACGUCUACCUGUUGAGCGACGCUGCAAGCUACACCACCAGUAUCGAUAUCCCCGUCAACGGUGUUAUCGGAAUCUGCUAGAUACCCCCCAACUUUUUUGUAGACUUCUUCUUCUACGAC